AUGCAGGGACUCCUUUCUCUCAGAUUUGCCUCAUCAAACCUCUCGAAAAGACUCGCAAACAAUUCUUCACUUCUCCUCUCUCACCCUUAUAAAACCUUCACAAAACCAACCCAUCCAUACCAAAACCAUAGUUUAAGCUUAUCUCACCUAACAAUCCAUUCAUGUCAAUCGCACCACAUCCACAAUCUUCCAGCCAAAUUUCUUCAUGGCUUUCUCUCAAAGCACUUUUUGUCUAUUUCGUCAAAUUCCCAUUUCAGGGUUUCGAGCAAAAAUCUCACAGAUUGCAAAGUUGGCUUCUUUAUAGCUCGGUUUGCUAGAGGGUAUUCUGGGUCCAAUCCAAUUCUUGGCUCCUAUCGCCGUGGCUGGAGAUCAAGGUUCAAUCGGCUAUCUGCUGAUGAUGUGGUUCUGGGUCUGAUCAUAGCCAAUGCUGCUGUUUUUAUGUUAUGGCGGACUGUUGAUCAAAAGUUUAUGAUGGAAAAUUUUAUGGUGAUUUCAGUGGACAAUUUCAGAAGUGGACGUGUUCACACCCUUAUUACUUCUGCAUUCAGUCAUAUUGAUAUUGGGCACAUAGUGUCUAACAUGAUUGGACUAUACUUCUUUGGGACAAAUUUGUAUCUGGCUGGGGCAAUUGGUGGCUCAGUGUUCUACUUGCUGCACCAUGGCUUCAUGGCUUUAUCAUCAAAGGGACAGGGAAUGUGGGUGAGGGAUCCUUCAAGGACUCCAGGAUUAGGGGCUAGUGGAGCAGUCAAUGCUAUCAUGUUGCUCGAUAUAUUCUUGAAUCCAAGAGCUACUCUAUUCUUCGAUUUUAUUAUACCAGUUCCAGCAAUCUUACUGGGUAUCUUUUUAAUUGGGAAAGAUAUGUUGAGGAUAGUGGAGGGAGAUAGUAACAUCUCAGGAUCAGCUCACUUGGGAGGUGCUGCAGUUGCAGCUAUAACUUGGGCUAGAAUUAAAUCUCAUAAGAAUGAAGUUACAGAGACUGACAAUGACCAGGCAUCAAGUCACCCUAUUGGAGGUGUAACUCACGGUAAUCAUUUGAAAGCUGGAGCGUCUGAUAUAAGAGAACAGUUGUAUGAAUUGCAAAGUUCAGCACAAUCUGAUGCUGCCACAAUGGUUCUAUCUAUCUCUGGCUCCUCGGGCCUGGAUUGUGGUGAACAAGUUCAUAGCCCAGUCAUUAAUUCAGCAGAGGUUGAUGAAAAGAGUUCAUUAAGGUUCAUGGCAGCUGCUGGGUGCUUUGGUUCUGAUAAGGAUUCUGGUCAAGUUUUAAAAGGCAGCAGCCCAUUCAAACUUGUGCAAGAUUAUGCUUCUGAGGACUGCUCAAAAAAUAAUGAGGAUCUCUGUUUGAAAGAUGAAAUUCCUAAAACUGCCUCAAACUUAGUUACAAAUGGCUUUGAAGAUCUGCAGCAGCAAGAACCACCCUAUGGUUUGGAUCACUCUACUACUAAUAAUGUGCAUGGUGUUAGAAUUCAAACCCUUUAUAAUGAAUAA